GCAGCAUCUCACUAACAGUAUCAUUGAGUAGCGAUACUUCGAGCGCUCUAAUUGGCAAUUCAGUUCAGUAUCGUGUUGAUUUCGCAUUUUUUUGUCUUCAAAAUCGCAGUGAAAAUACGAUUAAUAUAUAAAAAUACGAUAUUAAUAAAGUUUGUUUAAAACAUAUGAAAAAUCAAGAUUUUUUGUUCAAAUUUAUGUGAGAGUGAAGAAGAAUAAAGUAUUUUUUCAAUAAAUUCGUGUUACAUCUAUUACUAAAGCGAAAAUGAAUAAGUAUAAACAAAUGCUCAGCGGUUCUGACGACGAAGAUAUACCGCUAGCUAAGAGAAAAUGGAGUGUGAAGAACAAACAGUUUUCAGUUGAUGAACGUUUAUCUUGUGUAACGGGCGCUUCUUCAGAAGCAAAUCUACCUGAUUCCAAACCGAAGUGGGAUAAGUAUUGCUGGGGAUGCCACAAAGAAUGUGCACACGAGGUGCAUUGCUCUAAUUGCGUUAUAUCAUUCCACAAGAACUGUACUCCUGACAUGCAUCGAUGCAAGCCUGGUUGGAAAUGUGUGGAAUGCCAAUCCAAUCAAAAAUGUUUAGACAAUGAUGAUCUCAGCAAAUGCUACAUAUAUAUCGUUGAACGUUUGCUUAGAAAAACGAUCAAGAAUGGCACUUUUAACGUUCCAUAUGACUACACAAACAGUUUAUUGAUCAAUCCGGUGAGUUUUGCGGACAUUGUAGAAAAAUCCAAACGCAACGAAUAUGCCAACACCCAUGCUCUUUUGCUCGAUUUCAAGUGGUUGUGCCAUAACUGCGAAAUUUUGCAUUCAAAGCGCGUGAAACAAGAGAAGAAAAAUUUGGUGGGAACCAGAAAUAUUGCAAGGAAUUUAUUGAAGAGUGCCGAAAAAGAAAUCGAUUUGUAUCGAAAAUGCCCUGAAUGUUACGUAAACAAUAACGUUGACAUCUAUCUGGUGUGCUCCAAGCCUCAUCUGGUGGUAUGGGCUCAAUUCGACAUUUAUCCAUAUUGGCCAGCGAAAAUAUUGAACAUUUACGAUGCAUCUAGAACGCUUGAAGUGUUCUUCUUCAAUGAUCAUACCUCAGCAAUCGUUUCGUACGACAAUUGCUUUUUGUACUGCAACCACGAUCCAAACGAUUAUAUGACGGGACAAUACAAAGACGACAUCAGAAAGGCCAAGGAAGAGGCGAGUAAAUAUAUCGAAAAUAUCGAACGAAAGUUUGGUCCAUUGCAAUUGCCAACAACAUUCAUCAAGCCAAUUCCUGGAAAAUUGGACACGAUGCAUUUAGACGAAAUCAUCCCUGGUUUUCGCAAUCCUGAAAAGCGAGUACGCCCAAAUGUAUCCGAAGCAUUAUUUCAAUCGUUUGAAAACAGCGGCAAAGACCAUGAUAUCAAUGACGAUGUAUCCCAUAUUGACAACUUGAAUCUGGCUGACAAAUCCAAAUGCCAUCACAAAACCGAGGCUAAAGCAUCAAAAAUGAACGUUGGUGCGUGUAUUCCGAUAAAUAAACCAUUCCUUGAGAGAGUACGGGCAUGUCAGCAAGCCUUGCGUGAACUAAGGUCAGAAUCUGAAAUGCAACGUGCUGAAAUUAUUGAGCUGCGAAAAGAAAACGAACGGCUGAAAAGUGAAUUGGCUCAUGCGAAAUGAAGUAAAGAGUUUUCACGCCAAUUUUAAGCAUACAAGCAGUUUUAUUCAACAUUUUAAAUGUAAAACGCAAUCUUUUUCCCAUCGAAAAUAUUAAAUUUUAAGAAUCAAUUUUAAUCAUUUUAGCAUUUAGAAUUCUUGAUACAUUUCCAUUCACCCUCCAUCAUAGUGGCAUUUAUAUUUUUUCGAAAUAAAGGCAAUAUCAUUCAAAUA